AUGAACGCCCCAGGUCGUCCCCCGAAACCCUUUGACUCGCAGGUCGUGUCUUCUGAGACCAAGGAUCAAAAGCCUGCGACUGACCCUCAAAACUCGCUGGCGCCACCUCCACGACCUGCAGCAACCACUGCUAGCGAUACUCCCGACUACUUCAAUUCCGUUCACAAUCCCUUCUCGCUGGAGCCCAAUCCAUUCGAGCAGUCGUUCGGUGGGAACUCGGGCGAUACCCCCGGGAAGUCACUGUUGCCCCCCGUCGCCUCGCUCACCUCACCUGCCCUUCCUGGCACCAGCUCUGCUGGCGGGUACAACUGGUCCAACUCGCUGCGCUCAGGGCCUCUCAGCCCGGCCAUGCUUCCCGGUCCGACCGGCUCUAAUGACUACUUCGAAAAUAUCGGUAGAGGCUUCCCUACCCCGAACGAGUCCUCCCUCCGCACGGGACUGACCCCAGGAGGCGGUGGCUCUAUGUUCCCGGCCCCUAGUCCCAACUCGCAAGCAUUGCUGCAACAACUCCAGAGCGGCGGCGCGACGCCGUCAACUAUAGAGUUCCACCGCACCGCGUUGGCGGCCAAGAAGAACAACAACAACAACACCGUGAACAAUAACACCUCAAACGGCCCGACUUCCGACGCCAACGAGCAGGAAGCCAAGCUCAAUAUGGAGACCAAGGGUCAACAGCAGGCCGACCAGUUCACCCAGCAUGAUGCCGCCGACGCCGCGAACGGUCUUUUCAUGCUUGCCAAGGGUGGCCAGGCUAACAACAUGCCGAUGAACCAGGCUGCCAUGCAAAACGAGACCCGCGCGGCUGCCGCCCGGCGUGUGUCGCAAAAUGCCAAUGGCGCUGGUGGUCGUGAAAUGAGUGGUGAUGGAUCUGAGCAGGACUCCAAACCCGCCCCUAAAGGCAAGGGCAAGAAGAAUGCCGGCAGGGCAGCCCCCGCGGCCAACAACCGGCGCAAAGCUGACGAGGGCCCCAAGGGUGCCAACAAAAAGAUGAAGAUGGAUUCCCCAUCGGAUGUGGAAUCCGAGGACGAGGAUUCGAAGCUGCCGGCCGGAGACCCGAAGAAGAUGACGGACGAGGAAAAGCGUCGCAAUUUCCUGGAGCGCAAUCGUGUUGCCGCUCUGAAGUGCCGUCAGCGUAAGAAGCAAUGGCUGGCUAACCUUCAGGCCAAGGUGGAGCUCUUUACCACGGAGAAUGACGCCUUGACUGCCACCGUUACCCAACUGAGAGAGGAGAUCGUUAAUUUGAAGACCCUUCUGCUGGCUCAUAAGGACUGUCCCGUCUCCCAAGCUCAAGGUCUGGGUCCACUUAUGAUGAAUGGCAUGCCAGGUGGCUACGAACAGCAGGCGUACAACAUGCCUCAACAUAUGGGCAUGCAGCCAGGUGCCCCGAUCCCUGCCCAGGGUAUGCGGCGCGCUUAA